AUGGCAUCUAUGUUGAGUGAUAACGGAUCAGAGACCUUUGAUCGUGUCUCUAAUCAUAAUGAGAUCGAUACUUCUAAAUUAACAAAUAUUGCUAGUAUAUUAACCACACCAGGUUUUGAUUCAUCAAGAUUACAUCCAUUAGCUGGUCUGGAGAAAGGUGUUGAAUAUAUGGACCUUGAGGAUGAACAACUAUCUACUAUGGAAGGUUCUCAAGGACUAAUUCCUUCUCGUGGUUGGUCUGAUGAUUUAUGUUAUGGUACAGGUGCAGUAUAUUUAUUAGGUUUAGGUAUUGGUGGUUUUAGUGGAUUUAUACAAGGUGUUAAAGCUAUUCCACCGAAUGCAAGUGGUAGAUUACAAUUAAAUACUAUAUUGAAUAGUGUCACUAAACGUGGUCCAUUUAUGGGGAAUAGUGCUGGUAUAUUAGCAUUAGGUUAUAAUAUUAUUAAUUCAAGUAUUGAUGGCUUUAGAGGUAAACAUGAUGUUGCAGGAUCUGUUAUUGCAGGAGGUCUUACAGGUGCAUUAUUCAGAUCUUCAAGAGGUCCAAAACAAAUGGCUUAUGCAUCUGGUAUAGUAGCAGGUGUAGCAGGUCUAUGGAGUGGAAUGAAAGAUAAGAUCUUAGAAUAA